AAGAAGGCGGCGUCGUUGGUGGUGGCGGCGUUCGUAGCGAGGGCUCCUUGGGCCGCGUAACCUCUCAGAGUGACAACUUUGCCGUGGUUAGCGUCUCAUCGGCCCUGCUGCCCGUGCGCGCCAGUCCGCGGGGACUAUUCGUGGGUGAUCUCUACCAACGCAAGCCGUCCACCGCUGCCCCGGCGCCAGCCAUGAGGCUGCUUCUCCGCACCACCACCUCUCUCCUUGCGGCUCCCGUCACUGGGUCUCCCGGCGGAGCUCAGCUGCACCGCGGCAGGAGCACGCGUGCCGCCCAUCGCCUGAGCCGCGAGCACGUGGACAGCAUCCUGCGAGCGAGCGAGUACAGCUACACGGUGCCCGAGUUCGACGGCAAGAACGUGAGCGUCGUCAUGGGCUUCGAGAGCAACCAGCUGCCGUCCAACUCGCCCAUCGAGGACCGGCGUGCGGCCGCCACAUGCCUGCAGUCGGGCGGAAUGCUGCUGGGCGUGUUUGACGGGCACGCUGGGCCCGCGUGCGCGCAGGCCCUAAGCGAGCGCCUCUUCUACUACGCGGCGAUGGCGCUGCUGCCGACGGCGACGCUGCGGCACAUCGAAGACGCGGUGGAAGCGAGGCGCUCGGUGCCGCCCGUGCUGCUGUGGCACAAGCACCCGUACGACUACGUGAACCGCGAGAGCGCGGCGCUGUACUUCCAGAGCCUGCGCACCUACUGGCAGGAGCUGAUAGACCUGGACGACGGCACGCAGCCCGACGUGGCCGACGCACUGGCGGGGGCGUUCGCGCGACUCGACUCGGACCUGUCGCUGGAGGCCCAGGCGGGCACGCCCAGCCGCUGCCUGACCGCGUUGGCGCUGCGCUCGGCGUUCUCGGGCGCGACGGCGUGUGUGGCGCUCGUGCGCGACGGCGAGCUGCACGUGGCCAACGUGGGCGACAGCCGCGCCGUGCUGGGCCGCCGCGCCGGAGCCGGCUGGGAGGCGGUGCCGCUGUCGCGCGACCACUGUGCGGAGAACCCCGCGGAGGUGGCGCGCCUGCACGCCGAGCACCCGGAGAGCGAGCGGCGCACGGUGCUGCGGCACGGCCGGCUGCUUGGCGCCCUCGCGCCACUUCGAGCUUUCGGCGACGUCAAGUUCAAGUGGAGCCAGGAGCUGCAGCGCCGCGUGCUGGAGUCGGGCGCCGACCUCGUCGAAGGCAUCGGGCACCGCGACUUCUUCCCGCAGGACUACCACUCCCCGCCGUACCUCAACGCCCGGCCCGAGGUGUUAAGGCAUCGGCUGGGUGCAGGCGACCGCUUCCUGGUGCUGGCGACGGACGGGCUGUGGGAGAUGCUGGACAUUGAUGACGUCGUGCGGACCGUCGGGGACUACCUGGAGGCUACAGAGGGCGGCGCCGUGGCGCAGAGGCACCAGCAGGAGCGGCGCGAGGGCGGCUCCGUUGUGCGCCUGGGCGAGAUGCACGGCCGCCUGCUGCUGCAGCAGCGUCAGCGGCAACGAGCAACGCCGGGUGGAGGGACGACGACGUCGCCGAGCGCCGACCGCAACGCGGCGACGGCGCUGGUGCGGCGUGCGGUGGGGCGCGACGAGUCUGGCCGCGUGUGCGAGGAGCGCGUCGCCGAAAUGCUGGGCCUGCCCGAGGAGCUGGCGCGCAUGUACCGCGACGACAUCACCGUCACCGUGGUCGUCUUCAACCCCAGCGUUUUGGACGCCGAGCACCGGUGAUGGCAGCCGCGACGAAGCGGAGAAGUGAUGACGGUGGUGGUGGCGGCGGCAGCGAUGGGAAAGAAGGCGAUGACCGUGAUUUCGGGCUUGUGAUGACAGCGAUGACGAAGGGGUUGCUCAGAGCAGUUGGCGGUGGUGGUGAUGAUGA